CUCGGGUGCCGGUCAUCAUUGGAGUUUGUGUGCCCAUGGUCGUUCUGGCCAUUCUAGCCACCGCUCUUCGCAUCUGGGCGCGAGUCCUGACCAAGGUCAAUUUGUGGUGGGAUGAUUGGUUAUGCAUCCCAUUUGCCAUCCUACCCUCCAUCUUCGACUUCGUUCAGAUCAAGAAUGGCUUCGGACGACCCAUGUCAACAGUCUUCGCCGACAAACUGGUGACCUACAGUCUGUUCCUGUAUAUUCUGAUGUUAUUCUACAACCUGGGCCUCGCGUUCUUCAAGCUAUCGUGUCUGGCCCUCUAUAUCCGGAUAUUUGGCGUUCAUCGAUGGAUCCGCCACAUGAGUUAUAUCAUCGGCGGGAUGGUCAUUGCCUGGGUCCUGGCCAAUGAAUUGGCCUUGGUGUUUCGAUGCCAUCCCAUCGAUCUAGCGUGGAAGGGCAACGCCGAGCAGCAGGCUACAUCCUGCAUCACGCAGACCAACAUCUUCAUCGCGCAGUCGGCGCCGACCAUCUUCUUCGAUCUGCUGAUUCUCAUCAUGCCCAUUCGCGUCGUCUGGAGUCUGCAGUUGCAAUCGACACAAAAGCUGGGCGCUAUCUUGGUGUUUUCCCUCGGCUUGCUGGUCACCGUCAUUAGUAUGGUCCGGCUCGCAGGGACCCUUCACUCAACAGACACCGACUUGACCUACGGAUACGUCGAACUCGGCAUGUGGUCCGCAGUCGAGCCCGUAACGGGCUUAAUCUGCUGUUCGGUCAUGACCUAUGGCUCAUUUAUCAAGAAACUCCGACAACUGGGCAAAGGCUACAUCCACGGUAAAUCCAACCUCUACAGACAAUCGCACUCCUCCAAUUCGUAUGCCACGCAUAAUAAACUCACCAGUCCUCGAUCCGCGGAGUAUGCUCGGUCGGACCUCGAAUUGACCGUUUGCUCCUUCAGCAAUGAGACCCCUGUCGUGAAGACCGAUCCGUUGGGGAAGAUGCCUGACAGGGCAAUAAAUAUCACGCAUGAGUUUCACGUUCGACGAGAUUAAAUGCUCAGUGGGAGAUGAUCGCAACCCUCAGUGCUGGGAUUAUUAUUUUUUUUGGAAAAUUAUGGAGUCGUUAUAUAAUUCACUUUUUACACACAUAUAGAUGCUGUAAUGACAGUUUUCUAC